CUGACAUUUUUUGAAGUUUUUCACGAUUCGACGCGUCAUUAUGCGUAGUAUUUUGUGUAGAGUUUAGGAAUAAAAAAAACACUAUGCCGAAGGGUCAAGUGGAGUACCGCACACCUUGGUGUGUUAUGAAAGGUAUGGGAAGACAAUACCAGAAAAUAGAGAGAGGAUCAUGGCAACACGACACGCUGCCACUGGAACCCAGGAUGACGUUCUUCAACAACAAACCGACGUACCGAUGGAAGGCAGAAUACGACCACUUCUUCGCUUACACCAAAAUAUUUCCGCUGUGGGACAGGAGGAAGGCGAAAUGUAACGGAGUAUACCCUCCGGACAUUCAUGAAAAUACAUUCCAACAGGAGAAGGACAAGCCAAUUCCUGUUCUAACAGGCAUGAUCUAUGGUAGACCUUGCCGCCCAUUCUAUGAUCUACAAGAGAACUACCGACGACAGCAUGCAACGAAUGAUUUUUACAGGCCGAGGGGAGUUAUGAGAGUGAUAGAAAAAGAGAUUGAAUAGAGACAUUCAUUUACUUCGAAUCAACAUGUUGUCGAUAUCAUAAAUAAAAUCAUACUUCAUCCGGAAAAA